GCUGCGGCGCUAGCACUGACGUGUCUCUCGGCGAGGCGCGGCGCUCCAGAGCGGGACUGGCGGCUCCGGAGCCGCUGUCGGAGCGUAGCGGAGUCGGAGCGCGACCCGGAGGCCGACCCGGAGCCGAGCAGCCGCCGCCAUGGCGAUCAAGUUUCUGGAAGUCAUCAAGCCCUUCUGUGUCAUCCUGCCCGAAAUUCAGAAGCCGGAGCGGAAGAUUCAGUUUAAGGAGAAAGUGCUAUGGACCGCCAUCACCCUCUUCAUCUUCUUGGUGUGCUGCCAGAUCCCCCUGUUUGGAAUCAUGUCUUCAGACUCAGCCGACCCUUUCUAUUGGAUGAGAGUGAUCCUCGCCUCUAACAGAGGCACACUGAUGGAGCUGGGUAUCUCUCCCAUUGUCACCUCCGGCCUCAUCAUGCAGCUCCUGGCUGGCGCCAAAAUAAUUGAAGUUGGCGAUACCCCAAAAGACCGAGCCCUCUUCAACGGAGCCCAAAAGCUGUUUGGCAUGAUCAUUACCAUCGGCCAGUCCAUCGUGUAUGUGAUGACGGGGAUGUACGGAGACCCUUCUGAGAUGGGUGCCGGGAUCUGCCUGCUGAUCACCAUUCAGCUCUUUGUUGCUGGCCUAAUUGUCCUGCUUUUGGAUGAACUUCUGCAAAAGGGGUACGGCCUGGGCUCUGGGAUCUCCCUCUUCAUUGCCACAAACAUCUGCGAGACCAUCGUGUGGAAGGCGUUCAGCCCCACCACUGUCAACACCGGCCGAGGAAUGGAGUUUGAGGGCGCCAUCAUUGCGCUGUUCCACCUGCUGGCCACACGCACGGACAAGGUCCGAGCCCUUCGCGAGGCGUUCUACCGCCAGAAUCUCCCCAACCUCAUGAAUCUCAUCGCCACCAUCUUUGUCUUUGCGGUGGUCAUCUACUUCCAGGGCUUCCGUGUGGACCUGCCCAUCAAGUCGGCUCGCUACCGAGGCCAGUACAACACCUACCCCAUCAAGCUCUUCUACACCUCCAAUAUCCCCAUCAUCCUGCAGUCCGCCCUCGUGUCCAACCUCUACGUCAUCUCCCAGAUGCUGUCCGCCCGCUUCAGUGGCAACCUGCUGGUCAGCCUGCUGGGCACCUGGUCGGACACUUCUUCUGGCGGCCCGGCACGCGCCUAUCCCGUUGGCGGCCUCUGCUAUUACCUGUCUCCUCCCGAGUCUUUCGGCUCCGUCUUGGAAGACCCCGUCCAUGCGGUCGUGUACAUAGUGUUCAUGCUGGGCUCCUGCGCCUUCUUCUCCAAGACGUGGAUUGAGGUCUCAGGCUCCUCUGCCAAAGACGUGGCAAAGCAGCUGAAGGAGCAGCAGAUGGUGAUGAGGGGCCACCGAGAGACGUCCAUGGUCCACGAACUCAACCGGUACAUCCCCACGGCGGCGGCCUUCGGUGGGCUUUGCAUCGGGGCCCUCUCGGUGCUGGCCGACUUCCUGGGUGCCAUUGGCUCUGGAACCGGGAUCCUGCUCGCCGUCACCAUCAUCUACCAGUACUUUGAAAUCUUCGUCAAGGAGCAGAGUGAGGUCGGCAGCAUGGGGGCCCUUCUGUUCUGAGCCGUGGCUGCGGCCCAGGCAGAGGCGGCGCGCUCCACCACGGCCAGGAGGGAGCGAGGAGGCCACGCCGUGCGCGCUGUCGCGGGCAGUGCUGCUGCGGC